CCCAAAUAGAAGGAACGAAGUGCAGAAGAAGGAUUAGAAAUGACACCAGGUCUCCUGCUGGCUGCUCCUUCAAUUCUCUUCGCCACCUUUCCAAUAUCUCAUAAAUGAUUUUAAAAAGUCCUCUGAAAUUCCGGAAUAAAUAUUAUAUGAUAUUUUUAAAUCCUAUUCUCCUUCUUCUACCAACCUGCUCGUACCCUCACUCACUCAACAAUGCCGGAGAGAUUGGACUUGACGUGCCAUGUGUGCGGCAGUGUCGGCUUCAGCGACGGUGCUGACGGUUUCUUCUACUGCGGCCGCUGCGGCUCUCAAGCCGAGGACAUCAUCGACACCGGCGUCGCCGAGGAGGACUUCAUCGCCAAGGGUGACGCGCGUGGCGCCAUCUACUCCGCCAGUCACCGCCGCCAGAGGCACUCUAUCGCCCCCAAACCCGAGCCACUGUCUCAGUCCCAAUCCCAAUUCUUGAACAACCUAACCCUAGACGACGAUUACCGGGUAGAAAACGAGGAAGCCAGAGAAGAGACCGUGGCAGAUGAGGUGGGUCCGUCAGGACCCUCUGAUUUUGGGCUGGGUUUGGAUGGUUCUGAUGGGCUGAGUUUCGAAGAUUAUUACACGCAACUUAGGAUUAGGUAUGUAAUGGGGGUUCAGAUAAUGAUUGAGUUGCAGUGUCAGGCUUUGGUGGAGAAAUUCAAGGCGAGUCCAUUGAUUUGUGGAGUUGCCGGAACAAUUUGGCUGCGAUUCGUGGCGACUACUAGGGUUUUUGAUGAUGAGUGGGCUGAUAAAGUUAUUCAAGAUUCAGAGAUGCAGAAACCAGGGGAAUCAGAAGAUCUAAAGCCUCGGGCUAAAUAUAGUGCAGAGCCUCAUAAUAUAUAUGGUCAGCGAGCUGUCAUCAUAUGGCAUAGAUCUUUGAAAAAAAAAAUACCCUUAUCUUGUUCUCUGGUAAUUUCUUUUCUAGCCUGUCACAUUGCCAGGGAGGCAAUCCUGCCAACAGACAUAUUAAAAUGGUCUCUUGAAGGGAAGCUUCCAUAUUUUGCUGCAUUCAUUGAAAUUGAAAAGCAGAUUGGGCCUCCGUCAAGCCCUUGUCCUUUGAGUUCAAGUUUUAUGUUCAGACCUUCUGAAGCCAUUCCAUUACAGAAGUUGGAAGCUCAGGCAGCGUCUAUUGCUGACUCUAUAGGCUUGCAUUUACCUCCUGUGAAUUUCUAUGCAAUUGCUUUUCGCUAUCUGGAGCAGUUAUUUCUUCCUGUUGAAAAGAUACUUCCAUAUGCUUGCCGUGUAUAUGAGUGGUCAAUGCCUCCUGACUUGUGGUUAUCAGCAAAUGAAUUAAGGCUUCCUACUCGGGUUUGUGUAAUGUCAAUUCUAAUUGUAACAAUAAGGAUUCUUUACAACGUACAUGGUUUUGGGAAAUGGGAAAUGAGUUUGUCUAGUUCCAGUGGUUCUUCAUCCUCAUCUAAUCAGAUAGUAAAAUUGAAUGCCUCAGACAAUAUUAAAAUGAUGGAUGGUGCUAAACAAGGUUCUCCUUUACAUGAUUUGAAUGGUUCAAACGAAGAACCUGUGACAAACUCAUCUCAUGCCCAGAAAUCUGAAUUUGAUGCUACAGAGCUUUUGUGUAACCUUGAUGCCAGAUAUGAUGAACUCAUUGACACCUAUGAGUAUUCCAAGGAUUUACCGACAUAUCUGCAAUACUGUAAGGAUGUUGUCUUUGCUGGACUGGAACUGCCAUUUGAGGAUCACGAGGAGGAGAAGAUAAUAGAACAGUUAUGGGAAUUUUAUCAAAAUCAAAAGGAUUCUGAACCCUCAGAAGACCUUGGAGUGGAAUGUGGUAGUGCUUUGAAUGAAAAAAGAUCUAGGAAUGAUGAAGGAUGCAUUAACAGCAUUCCCAAGGAAAAGAAGAAAAUUAGAGAUGAUUGCUCUGUACCACUGGGUCUGGAUGGUGAUGAUACUUCUUUGAAUUCACAGGGAGGUGAAAAUUCAGUACCCACCCAUCAAGCUUCAGUAGAGACACUAAAAGAAGAAGCCAUUUUACGGAUGAAAGCGGACAUGGAGGAAAAUAGGUUCUGUUAUAUUCCACCUAGGGUCAAUGUCAAGAGAUUCGAUUACCUUCACUAUGUGAGAAAGAAGGAUGAAGGUUCCUAUAUUUAUGCUGCCCAUGCAGAUUAUUACAUAUUGCUUCGUGCUUGUGCAAGGGUUGCUCAAGUUGAUGUACGGAGUAUGCAUGUUGGAGUGAUGAGUCUUGAGAGGAGACUGGGUUGGAUCGAGAAAAGAAUUGAUCAUUGCUUGCAUUUCAAACCUCCAAAAUUUUCCUCUGACCCAUGUAAUGAUGAUGCACCAGAAUGUUCUACAGAUGAUUAUGUUGAAUUUUCAAGUUUGAAUUUAUCACCUUAAUUUUGUUUUCUUUCUUUC